AUGGAAACUGAUAAAAAUACCGUGAACUCCUAUAUAAGAGAGAUCGAAGGUUUCCUCGACAAAAAACGAGUCUUAUACGAGGCGGAAGGAAAAAGGGAUUUUGUUCCUUUAAUAGAUCGAACCGUGCAAAUGUUGCGAACCAUAAAAGACACUGUGUCAGAGACAUCCAGUGCAGAGCAAAGCAAAAGCUCUUCUUCUUCUUCCCAGCACACAUUCGAUCGAUUACCCGGGAAAAUGUAUCAUUAUGCUGAAGGUGAGGUGAUUGACUGUGCCAUAUGCAUAGAACAAGUUGAAGCAAAACAAGCCCAAGUUAGUUCUCACUUCAAUCACUCAGGUGAUUUCAAAUGUCCUUAUUGUCGAUUGGAAGUUGAAGAUUACUCUAAACAACCAAGAGCUUGGGAAUAUCCCGUAAAUGGUCCACCAACACAACAAAAUCUCAAUGAAACUAAUGACAUACCACAUCCAGGAGAAUUGGACUUUGCUAAUUUCCAACGUGGAGUUUUACAAGUUGUGAAUUCUAUUUUCGGAGGAAGAUUAAAUCUUGGACAUCCUUUCCGUGAUGAUAAUGGUACCGAAGAAGAAUUUUUUGACAAUGAAGCUGAAGAUGGCUCAGAUGUAGAUCAAGCGGUUUAUGAACCUCAUUUUGAUGAGGUACCAGAUUCCCUCGAGAAUUCAGAAAAUGAAUACGAUAGCGAACAUAAUUUAUCUGAUGAUUCUGAGGAUGAACCUUAUGAAUUAGUAGAUAAUUAUCGUUAUGUCACAUUAGUACGUCGUGAUGGUACAUCUGAAAUUGAACCUCCACAAUUAUCAAUACCUCGUUCGAGCUCCCAUAAUUAUAAUAAUUAUUAUCAUGGAAGAGAACGAUAUUAUGGAUAUCCACCUAAUUCAAGUCAUAGUCCAGUUCGGGAAAUUUAUGGUGGUAGUGGAGAUGGAGCAUCAUCGCAUAGAUAUGAAAUUAGGAGUAAUAAUAUACCUUCAUUUAUAGAGCGUCCGACUCAAGUGUUUUAUGAGCGUUCACAAAGUAGUCGUAGCCAUUCAAUUAGUUCAACACCAUUUGUUCGUACAGAAGAAUCAUCUUAUAAUAAUAAUUCAAAUCGACACAGUUAUAACAAUACAACACAACCCAUUUUAAAUGAAACACCAGUAAAUCCAAUAAUGAGAUAUGAAGCAACGUCAGAUUCGGAAUAUGAUGAAUUUUCAAAUGAAAUAUUUAGACGUUCAACCAGUUCUUCAAGGUUGAGAAAUUUGUAUCAGGGGGAAAAUUCUUCAAGAGAGGGAGGAAUAAAUGAUGUAGAAGAUAUAGAAACAAGUAGUUCGUCAUCAUCAUCACCAGAACAUUCAGAAAAUGGAAUGGAUACAUCAGAUGAAGAUGAAGGAUUUCGACGUUGUUUUUCUAGACCAUAUUCAGCAUCAUCAGAUUCACAAGCACAUCAUAAUACACCAGGUACAAAAAGAUUUUCUACUACAAGUGAUUUAACAGUCAAUGGAGUUGACAGUGAUACUACAAUUAGCAGUGGUGACGAGUUUGAAUUAUAUUCAUGA